GGCCCCGCAGCGCCGGCAUGCACCACAUCGUUUGGCCAUCAGGAACAAUUGUGUACCUAUGUAACUUGCGUGAAUAGGCAAGGGGGGUUCCACAACGGCGGCAGAAGAUACCGAAACGAGCAGGUCUUGGUGGACGGUAGGAACGAAGAAUAAAAUGACGACGACGAGAGACUCGGUGCCCCCACGCAGAGGCAUAAUAGUCGAGGAAAUCCAGAGCGCGUGCUCCGCCAUGAGCACGGGGGCGACUCCCGAAGGGAACAGGUCGGAUAUUGCCGGGAAGCUCACCCAACAUCAGUGUCUUUCUGGAUCAGCCACGAUUGGCAAUCGAGCGUUGGGUUCUGAUGGUCUCAAAGGGUGUUAGUCAGCAGGCAUUAUGGUGGAGGCGUAUCAUCCGGGAGGGAACCAGGCCCAGAGGGCGAACGACUGACCUGCUCUAACACAGUCGGACAAGCGGAAACGCCCGGGAGGAAGAGGACGAAGAGGAGGAGGAGGAGGAGGACCGGCAGCAGGUUAGAGACGGAGGACGGUGCAGUGCUGGGAGGCCUGGAGCGGGGCAUACGAUGAUACAAUGCCGUUGUACAUCUUUGAAGGUGCGAAUGAAUGAGUGGGAUAUUGUUCCCUGAUGGUAAAUCUCGUUAUAUGGAGAGAGAGAGAGAGAGAGAGAGAGAGCAAGCGAGCGUCAUAGUGUGUAC